AUGGCUUCGGUGGGAAUUGACGAUACACUUCCAGAAUGUGCUAGUGACGCCGUCGGUGGAAGAGUCCAGAGAAAGUGUGAACCUUGUCGUCGUCGGGACAGGUCAGAGGUGGCUUCGUUGUUCUGUAAUACAUGCAAGGUAUAUCUAUGCGAGGACUGCUGUGUUGGGCACAAGGUGCACAUGACUAACGUAGAUGAACAUCAUAUCGUGGCUGCACAUGAAGACUGUGUCAAGCCCGAUGUCGAUAUGAAGGGACUGGAUCAGUGUUGCGAACAUAAACGAGUGUUUAUGUUUCACUGUGAAGACCACGAAGAUUUGUGUUGUGAAAUGUGUGCCUUUUCUCGUCAUCGUAGAUGCGAUAAUAUCCACGAAAUAGCAAAGGUCGCUAAGAAUUUGAAAGAUGAUGAAAGGGAUAAGAUACGUGCAUCCAUUGUUACUGCCUCAGAUGUUAUAAAGAAAUGCAAGGAGGAUCAAUUGAACAACGUUUCGCGAAUUGAAGAAAUCGUAAAAGAAAUUGAUACUUACAAGGAAGACUUAUUAACAAAAAUUGAGAAAGCCAAGGCGCGAAUUGUCAGCGAAAUGACGAACCAUAACUCACAGGAAAACGGACGUCUAAAUACUAGGAGAACUGCGGCUGAAAACCUGAAGAAAGAACUUAACACGCAUUUGGCAAUGUCUGAUAGCGUUCGCGAGAUUGGCACAGAAACGGAAAUAUUCAUUCUAAACCACAUUCUUAAAAGGAUGCAAGACAAGGCAGCACAAACACUGAACACUUUAUUAAAGAAUGAUUACACCGUCAAAGUUGGACUACAAAUCAACGAAAACAUUUUAAAAAUAAAAACAACUGAUGUCGCAUUAUUCUCAUUAGAUAAAACAGGAGAGCCAAAAAAACAAUUAAAUGGAGACGAUGUAAUCAAAACAGCAAAAAGUUCAACUGAGAAACAUACAAAGCAACAAAGGCAGGUGAGUCUGGAACUGUUGGAAAUCAUGGAGCUCGUGAAGACCGGGGACGACAAGAAGGAGCCAUUUGUUACUGGGCUGGAUUUUUUGCUGGACGGGAGGAUCGUCGCCGUGGAUAGCUUUAACUGUAAAUGUUUUAUAUUGAGUGAAACUUUGAAAAGGUUCGACACAUUUUAUAAACUUAAGACAAAUCCUUAUGACGUAUCAGCCUACUCUUAUAACAAUAUUGCAGUAACCUUCAAUAACCGAAAAAUCUGUCUGCUUACUGUGAACAGUAAUAACACGAUCACGCUGAUGAAGACGCUGAACACGUCCACCAACUGCUUCUCCAUCUAUCCCGUGAACGACCGCACGUUCGUAGUGAGCACUAUUGACGACCAACGGCCUGCCAGGAUGAUUGACGUGGACGGCAAGAAGAGCGACUUUGACAACGUGAAGUUUAACAGAAAAACAUAUAAGCUUGAUGAAAGUAAAUGUACAUACCUACCAUCCCAGGAUAGUCUUGUUCUUACUGAUAGUCAAGCUCACAUAGUUUACAAGUACAAUACCUUGACCGGUAAGAGAAGCGAGUUGAUUGAUGAGCGGAUACAGGUACCAAGAGGCGCUAGUGUUGGUCCCGAUGACUCCGUGUUUGUCUGCUGUGCAAACACGAACUCUGUCAUCCAGAUAUCGCCGGACGGGGACAUAUUGGCGUCAUGUGACGUCGACAUGAUGUAUCCGUACGCCGUUGCCGUCUCCAGGGAUGGCUCGAGAAUGGCCGUGACCAACAGUGCAGGUGAUGCGAGACAACUGAAAACACUGAAACUGUUUAAAAUAGUACAAUAA